UAUCUGAAUUCAGAAAAAACAACAAAAAUCCAAGAGUGCAUCCCAAAGCCGGGUUCCAGAGCUUGCGUUGGAGAAAAAAAUAGAAAAAUAUUCAAUGUAGUGAACCAAUUACUAAGUGGACAUACUCGCUUAAAGGCUCACUGGUCCAAGAUUACAAACAGCGAAGAUGUGGAGUGUGAAGCAUGUAGAACACCAGAAACUAUAAAACACUUCAUAUUUGACUGUUCAAAAUACUCACAAGAAAGAUCAAGUCUUCAAUACAGAACUGAAGAAAUAUUACAUAGAAAUAAUAUAUCAUGUUCUGAUAUUACACUGGCAACUUUAGUUGGAGAGAUACCGGACAUUACUUUACAUGCAAAAGAAGAACUGUUCAAUUCAUUUGGCAAAUUCAUCAUGGAAACAAACAGACUUUAGAAGUAAAUGACAUAAAAUGUAAAAAAGUAUCAAGUGAAAAUGCAACAAGAGAAAUUUUUGUACAUAGAUGAAAACGACUUCAACAGUCGUCAAAGCACAACGAGACCAUAGGCGACAACGACGCCAUAAUUAGAUUCAACAACAACAACAAAUGGUAAACGAAAACUAAAGACUUCAGAUGUCUGAUAUUGAAGAGGGGCCAUACCGUAGGCUGUCAAAAGGACGACGUAAGAAAUCUUCACCAGUAGUAGUUGAGGAGUUAUCAAGUGCUGGUAAAAGAAGGAGGGGCUCUGGGCAAACUUCUGAAGGCCCAACAUCAGCGCUGCAAGAUGUCUGGUUUGCCAACUCAUUCCAGCGUGCCCAUGGGUUUGCAAACAAGCUUGAUCCCGCAAACCACUGCAAGGCAGCCACCACGCCUCAGCCAAAGAGAAGGAAGUCUACGAAAACAAAUAUACAAGAUGAGCUGAACACCAGUGACACACUCCUGGCAGAUAUGGACAUUGAGACCAUAACAAGCCAGGCUCUGUCGCAGUCACAGAUUGCGUUUUCUGUACAGAACAAUAAUUGCUCAAAAGGCACAAAAGAAAACGCUGAACUGAGCCAAGUUGACUAUAAGCGGUUCAGGAAUUAUAAACCAACACAGCCAUUAGGCAAUGACAACAGCAGACAGGAAAGUAGUAAACCUAGUAGUUGUACCGAGGAUUCUUUUUCUUUUUCAUUUGUUGGGGAACAUACAGUCUGUGAGGAGAGUUAUGCCACACAGUCAAGCAACAGUAAGCAGUGUGAAAUUCAACAAUCGUAUCAUAAUUUAAGAAACAAACCCGCCAACAUUGGACCGGCCUUUGCAAAAAGUGAUGUUUAUUCAUGUAAGAGAACUGACUUGGUAUCAUCAGUGCCUUUGAAAGAGGUAAAUGUGACUGAUGAAAGUUUUGAAGGAUCUCAGCUUGUGUUAACGUGUGUUGAUACUACGCAAUUAAAAGAUUCUGUAGGAGUUAAGUACAGGUGUACUCCUUUUCAGAGACUGCUUCCAGUAGGAGCUGGUCAACCUUUGAACCAAACACAAUCCGACCUGGUGUCCGGUACCCAGUAUAACUCAAUUCUCCAUGAGUCAUGUUCUGGUUCCCAGUUUCCAAAGGAAGAAACUCAAAAUAUGGCUCCAUCUCAAGCCUGUCAAAUAGGAAAACUUUUUUCUGGGUCCCAGCUUGUUGAAUCUCAGAUCCCAGGGACUGGUGUGAUGAAUAUGACGGGAGUCUUUGUCGAGUCUCAAGAAGACAAUGAUGCUGCCAAUACCUCGUCGGACAUGUUUGAUGAAAGAGUUUGUGAAGAAAAUGAUAGAGGUAAUCCAAUUACAUGUAACUCAGUUAAAUAUGAAUUGACUCCCACACAGCAGGACUGUGGUAUAGCAAGUCAUACACAAAGUUUAAUCUGUGAUGAUAGAGCAACCAGUGAUUUGUUAAAUUCUCAAGUGUCCAAUAGCAAAGACAAAGAUCAUGAGAAAGUUACUGAAAAUGACAACAAGAAACAACAGGCAUUUGUUCAGCGAUUGAUUAAGAAUUCAGCUGUAACAUAUGGGGAUUCCAGCAAAAUGGGUAACAACACUUUGUCGUCCAAUCCUGUGACUGUGUUGUGCGCCACUCCUGGAACGAGUUCACUGCAGGAGAAAAUAAAGAAACGUCUUGUGGAGAAUGCUGGCAAGAGGACCCCCCAAGGACUGCGGGUGAUUGGGGAUCAGCUGAGAGAACAGGUUUUAGAAAAGGUCCAGCUGGAGGUAGAGAUACUGAAAGAGCGAUCCUCCUUGGAGGUGGGGCCAUUUUACGGGCUGCCUACCCUUGUGAAGAACCUUCUGCAUAACCACAGAGGAAUCUCCUCUCUCUAUGAUUGGCAAGAAGAGUGCCUCCAGUUACCUGCCCUUGCGAGACGUGGCAAUCUAGUGUACUCACUACCCACUAGCGGAGGCAAGACCCUGGUGGCAGAGAUACUUAUACUGAAGGAGCUGCUCUGUCACAAGAGGGACGCUCUGCUCAUACUUCCAUUUGUGUCCAUUGUACAAGAAAAGGUGCGAAACAUGUCCAUCUUUGCUGUAGACCUCAACUUCUAUGUGGAGGAGUAUGCAGGGAGCAAGGGUCGGUUCCCACCCAUCAAAAGACAAAGCAACCGGUCCUUGUACAUAGCAACCAUAGAGAAGGCCCAGUCCAUAGUCAACAGCCUUAUUGAGACAGACCGGAUUGAGAAUCUAGGCUUGGUUGUAGUAGAUGAGCUGCACAUGCUGGGUGAGGGAGGAAGCAGAGGCUCCUGUCUAGAGGCCACACUUCUCAAGGUCAUGCAAAGGUCAGCAUCCACACAGAUUAUUGGUAUGAGUGCAACCUUGAACAACAUUGGUGACAUCACAAAGUUUCUUGACGCAGACGUUUACUCCAAUGAUUUUCGACCUGUGGAACUCACAGAGUAUGUGAAGGUAUCUGACAACAUCUUUCAGGUGCUUCCCACAGCCAAGUGUCCCGAGGACCAGUUUGUCCAUCAACGUGUUGUAGACUUCCAGUACCGACCAGAGAUGUUGAAACUGGACCCCGACCAGCUGCUGGGACUCAUAUUGGAGGUCAUACCAGACAACUCUUGCCUCUUCUUCUGUGCAACUAAGAAAAUAUGUGAGAGCAUGGCCAAAAUGAUGUCAAAACUUUUGGCCACUUACCGAAGCAAUCUGGCAAUGAUCAAGCAGGAAGAGCGGAAGGCUCUUUUGAAGGAGCUCUACAGCGACUCAGAAGGAAAGAUGUGCCCCGUGCUGCGGUGUACCCUGCAGUUCGGCAUAGCGUACCAUCACAGCGGUCUCACCACAGAUGAGAGGAAGUUGAUAGAGGAGGCGUACAGCGCCGGUACCCUGUGUCUGCUUACCUGCACCUCCACACUGGCUGCUGGCGUGAACCUGCCUGCGAAGAGAGUGAUACUCGGCAGCCCGUACAUUGGUAGAAACUUCAUGACUCAGAGCCAAUACAAGCAGAUGGUGGGUCGGGCAGGCAGGGCAGGCAUAGACACGUCAGGGGAGAGCAUUCUGAUUUGCAAGCAGGAAGACAGGGCCAAGGUGAUGGAGCUGUUGUCGGCGCCCUUGGAGAGCUGUCACAGCAGUCUGGUGUACGAGCAGGGCCGAGGUCUGCGGGCCAUGCUCUUGUCUGUCAUAGGACUCAAGGUCGCCACCACCACAGAGGAAGUGUUCCGCUUUGUUGCCCGGUCUCUGGCCUCCAUCCAGCAGGCAGUGCUGGGUACCGAUGUGACAGAGCUGUGCCAGACGGCACUACAGAAGCUUGUGGACUCGGGUCUCAUACUUCAGACCCGAACGCUCAAUGAGGACCCACAGGGGGGCGGCUGUGAACAGCUCAGUCUAACAGUGACACCGUUUGGACGAGCUACUUUUAAAGGUCCCAUAGACCCAGACUUUGCUAGUAUGCUGUACAAUGAUCUCACAAAGGCUGAGGAGUCGAUAGUCCUGUCCACACACCUCCACCUCCUGUACCUCGUCACGCCCUAUGACCUUGCCAAGGACGCGUCUCCCAACUGGUUCAUCUACCUUAGCCAGUUCAGUACACUGAGUGCUUCAGAGAUGAAGGUGGCAAGUCUAAUUGGUGUACCGGAGUCGUACCUGGUGAAAAGGUCGUCAAACAUGAAGUCUAGAGUGAAAGUUGAUGAGUUUGUGGUGAAUCGUUUCUACCUAACUCUUAUGCUGUAUGACCUCUGGAGAGAGAAGUCAGUCUGGGAGGUUGCAGAGAGGUUUGAUACUCCAAGAGGCUUUGUACAGAACCUGCUGGCCAGCGCGGCUAGCUUUGCCUCCUGUGUUGCCCACUUCUGUAUGGAGCUGGAGGAGUUCUGGGCAUACCAGGACCUACUGGGAAACUUUGUCAAGCGCCUGUCAUACUGCGUUACAGCUGAGCUCAUACCGCUCAUGGAGAUACCCGGGAUUAAAUUGGGUCGAGCACGCAUGAUGUUUGCAGCAGGUUACAAAACACUAAGUUCUGUGGCGUCAGCUAGCCCAGAUGAGCUGGUGAAAGCAGUUCAAUUCAUGCCGAGAAAAGUUGCACGGCAGGUUGUGGCAUCAGCCAAGUUACUUCUCAAUGAAAAGAAGGAUGCAAUGAUGGCAGAGGUGGAAGCCUUGGUUACCGUGCCAUCGGGGGUGAAUGCAGUUCCCAUGGCAACAAUUCCCACGCCUGCACCUAUCACUCCAGGGCUUGAUUCACAAGAGUCAACCACGGACAGUUACCCCACUCAGAUAAACAUGUUGAAGCGUUUGUAGUCGUUUAGAAAAAUAUAAUUGAAUUUAAGACCUCUCAAACUACAUUCAAGUUUUAAAGGCUUCAUUUCCAAAUCUACAAUACUGAUGUGCAGCAAACAGCAUAAAAACUGAACAGACUGGGGGUUACUUGCAAGCUGUUCUGGUUUUAUGCUGUUUGCAUAUAGCUAUUUUCAAUUUGGUUCUAUGCAAGAAAGGGUUAACCUCAGAUCUUAACCGAGUGCCAUUGUUCCUCCAUUGCUCUACUUUUGAAUGCAAUUACCAUUCAAAGUAUGGUUGAUGACGGUCAUGUAUUACUGCGACCACAGAUCUGUGUGUCAAGUCGUCUGUCAGAAUAAAGAUAUUUAAACUUUUGAGUCCUAUCCCAUUCUACAGUUAUGUUAGUUCAUAUGGCUGCAUUGUAAGUCUUUAGUCAUUUACAACAUUUUACGUAAAUUAGAUGGGUUGUUUUUGGCAUCAUGUUGAAGAAAAUGUCAAAUUGCAUUCAUAGUUACUAUGGAUUAGUCUGUUGAGGGUUUGAGUGCUGUUGCACUUGCAGUUAUUGUGUGUACAAUAAACAAUAAGUAAACGAAGUAGAUACUAAAAGUACCUGAUUGGCUAGCUUAGUUGGUGGAGUGCACAACUACAAAAAGUAGGAUGUGAGUUCAAUCUAUUGUAUAAGGAUUCAUUAUUAAAUCCUUUUCAACAGUUAUUGUCCACCUACCUCUGAAUCUAGUAGGGUAGGUGUCAGUUAUUGAUAUGAGUUUGUGGCUUGGUACUAGCAAACCAGCUAUCCCAGGACUUGCAUGAGUUGGUUAACUGGUUAACUGACCAUCCUGAUAUGGCUGAAAAACAGUUGAAAGCAGCGAAAAAUACAACUAAAUAUACAGAAAUAAAACAAAUACAUUGUGCAAUUAAAGGACAUAGAUUGAAACUUUAUGAUUGUCCAGUUGCUAAUCAAGCUAUUUAAAAACGAUACUGCUUGACAAUAACAGUAUGUGAUGACUGGGUAUUUUCUGGAUGGCUUUAUAUUGUUGUUUUGUCGGUUUAAAGUGUUUUGCUAUCCUAUAUUUAUGUAUAGCUAUAUGUAUGUACAUAGGUACUUCUGCAAUCAUUGCAAUAUCCAUUUUAUGUGCAAUCGGUAUGAAAUCAUACUAUGAUGUUAAUCACACUGGUGCAGCUCUUGUCAAGAGCAGAUAUUGUUAUAUGAGAAAACAGGUAUUUUUUAGUCCCCUACCGGUUUCACCGGAGGGGACUUAUGGUUUGCACUCUGUGUGUCCGUCAAUCUGUCACACUUUCUGGAUCCUGCGAUAACUUUAAAAGUUCUUCAUAUUUUUUCAUGAAACUUGAAACAUGGAUAGAUGGUAAUAUGGACAUUAUGCACGUCAUUUCAUUUUGUUCCUAUGUCAAGAAUUCUGGUUGCUAUGGCAACAAAUAGACUCGAAAUACUGCUGAAAAUGGUGUGUUUUUCUGGAUCAUGCGAUAACUUUAAAAGUUCUUCAUAUUUUUUCAUGAAACUUAAAUAUGGAUAGAUGGCAAUAUGGAAAUUGUGCACGUCAUUUUAUUUUGUUCCUACGUCAAAAAUUCUGGUUGCUAUGGCAACAAAUAGACUAGAAAUACUGCUGAAAAUGGUGUUUUUUCUGGAUCCUGCGAUAACUUUAGAAGUUCUUAAUAUUUUUUCUUGAAACUUGAAACAUGGAUAGAUGGCAAUAUGAACAUUAUGCACGUCAUUUCAUUUUGUUCCUAUGUUAAUAAUUCUGGUUGUUAUGGCAACAAAUAGACUCAAAAUACUGCUGAAAAUGGUGUUUUUCUUUAUCCUGCGAUAACUUUUAAAGUUCUUAAUAUUUUUUCAUAAAACUUGAAAUAUGGAUAAAUGGCAAUAUGGACAUUAUGCACGUCACUUCAUUUUGUUCCUACGUCAAAAAUUCUGGUUGCUAUGGCAACAAAUAGACUUGAAAUACUGCUGAAAAUGGUGUGUUUUUCUGGAUCCUGCGAUAACUUUAAAAGUUCUUUAUAUUUUGUCAUGAAACUUGAAACAUGGAUAGAUGGCAAUAUGGACAUAAUGCAUGUCACUUCAUUUUGUUCCUACGUCAAAAAUUCUGGUUGCUAUAGCAACAAAUAGACUUGAAAUACUGCUGAAAAUGGGGUUUUUUCUGGAUCCUGCGAUAACUUUAAAAGUUCUUCAUAUUUUUUCAUGAAACUUGAAACAUGGAUAGAUGGCAAUAUGGACAUUAUGCACGUCAUUUCAUUUUGUUCCUACGCCAAAAAUUCUGGUUGAUAUGGCAACAAAUAGACUAGAAAUACUGCUGAAAAUGUUGUAUUUUUUGGAUCCUGUGAUAACUUCAAAAGUCCUUAAUAUUUUUUCUUGAAACUUGAAAUAUGGAUAGAUGGCAAUAUGGACAUUAUGCACAUCGUUUCAUUUUGUUCCGCCGUCAAAAAUUAUGGUUGCUAUGGCAACAAAUAGACAAGAAAUACUGCUGAAAAUGGUGGUUUUCUGGAUCCUGCGAUAACUUUAAAAGUUCUUCAUAUUUUUAGCUCGGCUGUUUUUGGAGAAAACCCAAGCUAUUGUCAAAGUCAGCUCGUCGUCCGACAACCGCCGUAGGCGUCGUGCUAAACCCUUAACAUUGGCCAUGACUUUUAAAAUAUUGAAGAUAGCAACUUGAUAUUUGGCAUGCAUGUGUAUCUCAUGGAGCUGCACAUUUUGAGUGGUAAAAUUUCAAGGUGAACAUCAUCCUUCAAGGUCUAGGGUCGAAAAAACAAAGUCAAGGGAAGUAAUAAGCUUUAAAUUGACAUAGUUAUCUGACCUGCCCUUGUAUAUAUUUUUGUUAAAUAAAUCAAAGCGGUACAGUAGGCGGCAUUGUAUUUCUGACAAACACAUUGUGGUAAAAGGUCAACGUCAAGGUCAUCCUUCAAGGUCUACGGUAAAAAAUACACAUUUAAGAGAAGUAAUAAGCUGUAAAAGAAGUUAAUUAUUCAAUAUUGAACAUAGCCACUUUAUAUAUUUGGCAUGCAUGUGUAUCUCAUGGAGCUGCACAUUUUGAGUGGUGAAUCUACAGUCACGGUAGUGGCUUUUAAUUAUUGCUACUAAAAAUAGAGAUUUGUUAGAGACAAUUAUUUUCAAGGGAAGUAAUUUAUAUAAUUAUAAGUUUCAUAUUAUAUAUUUCAUUACCAAGAAUUGAAGUUCUUUUCACAGUUACUGUACAAAUUUAUUAUUUUGAUUAUUAAUAACUCAAAUGAUUGAUUUGUCAAAGUUUUUUUUAAAUGAUAUUAUUAUCAUUUCUUUCAUGUACUUAGUUGUUAAUAGUAUUCAUUACAUACCUUUGGACUUAUGUCCAUAGAUACAUGAUGAACUCUGGCUAUGAUCUCUUUGAUAAACCACAGGCCUUGGUUGUCAGUGAUGUCUGACUUGGUCAUUUUUGACUGUCUACAGACCCCCCCCCUCGGUUGGAUUGGACAAAAUCCAAGGGAAGUAAUAAGCUUUAAAGGGAGAUGAUUUUUAACCUGCCAAAUGAUAAAUAGAAAUUUUAUUUUAAAGUGGCGCAGUAGGGGGCAUUGUGUUUCUGACGAACACAUCUCUUGUUGAGCCACUAGGUCAAAGGUCAAGGUCAAAAAAAAAUAAUUAAUAAUUCUGACAAGCUUUCGCAGCCGAGCAUGGCACCCGUUAUGCGGUGCUCUUGUUUAAAUGAAACUUCCAACAUGGAUAUAUGGCAAUAUGGACAUUAUGCACGUCAUUUCAUUUUGUUCCUACGUCAAAAAUUCUGGUUGCUAUGGCAACAACAACAAAAUAUUAACAAUGGUGGAAUUUCUGACAAUGGUGGAGCCGGUAGGGGACUUUUAUUGCUUGGCAAUAGUCUUGUUGUACAUUAAUUAUUUUAUUACAGUAUUUGAUUUUCUUUAAAUGCAUGGCCCAUUAUUAGUAUGUUGAAUGUGCCAGCAUUAAUUGAAAAAAAACUCUUCUGUUUCAAUUCAUAUAUUGCAAUAUUAAAUUAUUAUACGCCAUAUUUAAAUAACAAGCGAUUUUUGUUAUACUCUGUUCUAUAAAGCACUUACAUACGUGUAACUUAUAGAAAAGUGCAGUAUGCAAAAUAAAAAGGUUAAAAAAAGAAACAAUAUGAAUAAAAAAAAACUAUAACAAAAAAUUAUUAAUAGUUGAUUUACCUUGCACUAAUGCUCAAUGCCCUCUUUCAAUAUAUUAAGUUUUGUUUAAAGCCAUGCAAUACAUUUGAAUUGAUGCUCAAAACAUAAAAAUACACGAAGUCCAGUAACUAUAGUACGGAGUUAUUAUACACGACAGGGACGAGCUAUAAAACUAGAGGGCCAAGAUGGCCCUAGUUCGCUCACCUGAGAGGAGUCGGUUCAUUCAAUCUUUACCAAAUGUCAAACUUACCUAGAUAUUGUCCAGACAAACAUCCUGGUCAAGUUUCAUAAUUAUUUCAUCUGCGAGUCAUGAUCAAUGUACCUAUGAAGUUUCAUGAUCCUAGGUGUAAGCAUUCUUGAGUUAUCAUCCGGAAACCAUUUUUAGCUCAUCUAUUUUUUGAAAAAAAAUUAUGAGCUAUUGUCAUCACCUUGGCGUCGGUUUUGGCGUCAGCGUCCGGUUAAGUUUUGCGUUUGGGUACACUUUUCUCAUGAAGUAUCAAUGCAAUUUGCAUUCAAACUUGGUACACUUACUUACUAUCAUGAGGGGACUGGGCAGGCAAAGUUAGAUACUUACAGAAUGGCUUACAGAAUUAUGUGCCCUUUUUAUACUUAGAAAAUUGAAAAUUUUGGUUAAGUUUUGUUUUUAGGUCCAUUUUAUUCCUUAAGUAUCAAAGCUAUUGCUUUCAUACUUGCAACACUUACUAACUAUCAUAAGGGGACUGUGCAGGCAAAGUUAUGUAACUCUGACUGGCAUUUUGACAGAAUUAUGUGCCCUUUUUAUACUGAGAAAAUUGAAAAUUGGUUAAGUUUUGUGUUUAGGUCCACUUUUUUCCUAAAGUAUCAAAGCCAUUGCUUUAAUACUUGCAACACUUACUAACUAUCAUUAGGGAACUGUGCAGGCAAAGUAAUGUAACUCUGACUGGCAUUUUGACGGAAUUAUGUGCCCUUUUUAAUUUAGAAAAUUGACAAUUUGGUUAAGUUUUGUGUUUAGGUCCACUUUUUUCCUAAAGUAUCAAAGCCAUUGCUUUCAUACUUGCAACACUUACUACCGGUAACUAUCGUAAGGGGACUGUGCAGGCAAAGUUAUGUAACUCUGACUGGCAUUUUGACAGAAUUAUGUGCCUUUUUUAUACUUAGAAAAUUAAAAAUUUGGUUAAGUUUUGUGUUUAGGUCCACUUUUUUCCUUAAGUAUCAAAGCCAUUGCUUUCAUACUUGCAACACUUACUAACUAUCGUAAAGGGACUGUGCAGUCAAAGUUAUGUAACUCUGACUGGCAUUUUGACGGAAUUAUGGGCCCUUUAUACUUUCGUUAAGUUUUGUGUUUUGGUCCACUUUACCCCUAAAGUAUCAUAGAUUGCUUUCAUACUUGGAACACUCGCAAACUAUCAUAAUGGGACAGUAAAGGACAAGUUGCAUAACUCUGGUUGUCAUUUUUACGGAAUUAUGGCCGUUUUUUGACUUAG